UGUUACAUGGAGAGGUUGGCUCCUCCUACCAAUAAUAAAAAGAGAAACUGGACCGACCAAAAUCAAUAUCUUUAUCAGUUCAGUGCUUUGUCCAAAUCACAAAGUAUUCAAAAUUCUAAGUCUGAACAAAAUUCACGUAAAGUUAUAAAGGCACUAAGACAAAACCGCAUACGUAUCCUUUGCCUACUUACCAUUGAAAACUAAAAGAGAAUCUUACGUUUUUAUUUCUUCUUCUUGUGCUGUAAACAAACAAUAGCUUUGUCUUCAGGCAAAGCAAAGACUUGAGAAGAUGGUUCAGAGGAAGACAUGUCAAGCAACCGUGUCUUAUAAUAAUCUCCAACCUGAAACUCGGUUUGGUCAAGAACAUGUCAAGAGCCUUGGACCAGAGAUGAUGAUGAUGAAGAAGCGAACCAAACCUAAAAGGAAGGUUGUAGACAGUCCUGUUUCUCAAUCAGGUAAGCCACAGUUAACACCAAAGAAACAUGAUCUUGUUGUUGUUAAAGGGACAUGUAUGUCUCCUAACUACAUGAAGGGAACCUCUAGCUCUGAAGCAAGGAAGGAGAACAAGAGUAGACUUAAUCUUACAAAGAAUCAGAAGAACCAAACCGGUCUGAAACAUGAUUCACCUCAUGGAGUUAAGAAAGAGAGAAGUAUCAAGAAGCCUAGUUCGAGGAUGGUUAGGGGUUUGACAAAGGCUCCAAGUUUCAAGAGAUGUGCACAGAGAGCUACUUGCUCCUCGACUUUGAAAGACUCCAAGUUUCCAGAGUAUCUGAUGCUUCACCAUGAUGGAACUGAUGAUGAAGCAGUUAGUGGAACCUCUGUUCUGAAAGUCUGUCCUUACACGUAUUGUUCACUCAACGGCCAUCUUCACAAGCAGUAUCCUCCACUGAAAAGCUUUAUAUCCUCUAGGAGACGGAGUUUGAAGUCUCAAAAGAGUGUCAAAACAGAAGCUUCUAAAGAAGGUUUUGUGGAGAUGUAUGUAGAGGAGAAGAAAGAGUAUGAGGUUGAUGUUGUUACUCAAAUCUCAGAAGCUUUCUCUGAAGGAGCACCUCGUUCUGAAACCGAUUCUGAUAAUUACUCAGACACUGCAGAGAUGGUGAAGUUAUCAGAAAGUGAUGAUGACAUGGAGUUAAAAGAAUCUGAUAUGGAGAAGCCUUUUGAGGAUGACUCUGUGAAAGAGAUGGUGAAGACUUCAGAAGGUGAAAAUGGAACUGAAUCAAGACAAUCUGAUUUGGAGGAGAGUCUAGUUAAUGACUCGGUGAAAGAGACCCAGGAGACUUCUUGUGAGGUCAAUGAUGACUCUAACAGUGCAGACAUGGUGAGGUUUCUAGAAAGUGAUCAUGACUUGGAUGAGACUCUAUUAGAUGACUCUGUGAAAGAGAUCCAAGAAAACUCAGAAGUUAUUGAUGCUGGUGAUGAAACACUAAAGGAUAAUAAAGCUGAAGAUCACAAAGAGGAGCUUAAAGACCAAACUGAAGAAACCACAAAGGUUCCAUAUAACCGUAAACCAAAGCCCUGCAAUCAAGAAGAGUCAGAUAGCACCAAUUCUUGGACUAUCACCAAAGGCAAGAAACCUGUGGCAGAAACAGAGGAUUUGAAGGAGUUCAAUCCAAGAGAACCCAAUUACCUUCCACUUGUUGCAGAUGCGGAUACAGAAAAGGUUGACCUCAAGCAUCAAGACAUAGAUGAGAGGAGAAACUCAGAGGACUGGAUGUUUGAUUACGCUCUGCAGCGUGCCGUUACCAAACUUUCAUCAGCAAGGAAGAAGAAAGUUGCAUUGCUCGUUGAGGCUUUUGAAACCGUGAAACCUGUUAUGCCACAUGGUAGAGAACCUGCACCGGUUUUAAGUUAUGGAAGACACCUUCAAACCUGCAAUUAACAAAAGGUAAUCAGCAGAAUCUCUUACAAACUCAGCUUAUGAAUCAGAUGUGUUGCAAGUUAUGGUUAUAAAAAACUAAAAUGGUUUCUAUGUGUGGUAGUAAUAUGAAUGAUAUGAUUCUCCUUAAUCUGUGAGGAGGACUUAGUGUGUGCGCUUGCUUUGAGACUAAUGUAUGAGACAAUCUUAUGUAUUUCUCUAGUUGAAACAGAGCAUUAAUCGAAUGCUGUUGUUGUUGGUUGUUAUAAAACAUUUGACUAUUGUUUACAGACUCGAACC